AUAUGCAGACACGAAGUUGUACGAGGCUUGACAUUAUUGUACGAGGUAUUCCACGUCACAUUGGAGCAUUUGUUACAAUUGAAGCGACGAGUUGUCUUGUAGGGGUGGCGGUUUUUGGUGUCAAAUACUGUUGAAUAGUAAUAUUAUUAAAAUCAUGUAUAAAACAUUACUGGUUAUUUGUGCCUUCUUGGCAAUUUUCAAUGUGUGUUCAUCUGAAGAGGAGGCAACUACAGCCACAGCUCGCCUGCUGGUUUCAAAACAAAUUUUGAAUAAAUAUUUGGUUGAAAAGAGCGACUUGGUUGUCCGUUAUAAUAUUUACAACGUUGGUAGUGGUCCUGCUACUAGCGUUAAGUUAACUGAUAACGGUUUCCAUCCAGAUGCGUUUGAGGUAGUUGGUGGCCAGCCCUCUGCUGUGAUUGAUCGUAUUGCGCCACAAACCAACUAUACACAUGUGUUAGUUGUGCGUCCAAAAGCUUUCGGAUAUUUCAACUUCACUGCCGCCGAAGUCUCUUACAAGCCAAUUGAAAACGUCGAUAAGGUGCAAUUUGCUGUCAGCUCCGAACCUGGUGAAGGUGGAAUAGUCAACCUAAAUGAUUUCAAUAAGCGCUUUUCUUCUCAUUUCUUUGACUGGGUUGCUUUUGCCUUCAUGGCGCUACCUUCUUUAGUAAUUCCAUUAUACUUAUGGUAUUCAUCCAAAAGCAAAUAUGAACGUUAUGGAAAGCACAAAAAGCAUUAGAAAAAUACAUUUUUAUAUGAAAUCGCUAGCAAUAAGUAAAGCUCUUUGCAUUGUGUAAGACUAUUGUAUGAUGGUGUAAAUUUUUUACAAUUUUUUGUAUAUUCUGUACUCAAGAUGUUCUUUUCCAAAUAUAAUUUAUUUGAAAUUUUUGUUUUAUCAGGAAAAGAAUUUGAGACUGAAAAAUCGUUUUAGAUUUGCUUUAGUGAAGCUAAAAAAGAACAAGUUAAC